GCUUGCUCAGCAAUGACUUGGGGCACAGGGGUGGGCCGACGUUACACACGAAGACACUGCUGCUCAAAGAUGCUCUUCGGCUGCCACUUGAUCGGUCAAGUAGGGGACCCGCCGGACACAAUUACUUUUAGAAAAUUAGGUGCCUGUCAGACACAUGCUGUGGUAGAACUCCAGCAGGGGGUUGUAGUGCAGAUAGUGUUUGCCUAACUGAUGAGUGGGUCAGACAUCGAUGAGGGUAGAGUUGACAAUGCGAGACUGACACGUUCGAGAUCACUUAGGGUGCCGCACGUGUUUCAGACCUUACAACCGGGAGACGAAAGACGGCUUCGUGCCGAAAAUAGAGCCCGUGCUCUUGCAAUAGCCAGGGCAGCAGCAAACGCAGCAGCUAGAGAACAGGCAGUAGCAGCCAGAGCAGCAGCAAUGGCUAACGGCGCAGCCUCUGCUGCGUCCUCAUCUGGGACCCAGUUGGGAAUGCCCUCUGGGCCCGCGGGUACUUUCGGGUCAGUAGGUUCUAGUCAGUCCACAAGUCAAAUGGCGGGCUCGCAGUUAAGCCCGUUGACCCCACGCGGUAGGGAGCUCCUAGAGCUCCAACAGGUCGAAAGGAUCCGCGAGCGGUUAGAGAGGGAAUUGAAGCAAGCUACCGACAGAGAAAAAGAGAUUAAAAAUAGAACAGCCAGGCUUGAUACGUUAGAGGCAGACAAAGCUGCAUUGGAGGGUUUGGAUGAGUCAGCCAUGUCUGACCAAAUGAAAGUAUUGAAGAACAGCGUACUGUCGUUGCAUGCGCAUGUGGACAACAGACUGGACUUCAUGCAGAACUCUUUGGACCAGAUCGUGGACCUUUUGCAAAGGCCAGGAUUUAGGCCAGCAGCGCAGUCGCCGUUGCCAUUAACGGCGAUGUCAGGCCCCUUUCCGGUGCAAGCUGGCACACAGCCAAGUGUGCUGGCUCAACAGGAUGGGAAAAAGUUGAGACCAUUUGAGUAUAUGAGCAAAAAGAUGCCAUCUAAGAAACUGGCAAAGUCCACCUAUGAAAGGGAACUCUAUGCUCUCUACAAAGCACUUGUCCAUUGGAGGCACUUUCUGUUGGGACGGUUUUUCUACUUGAGAACUGACCAUCAGACCCUCAAAUGGAUCAAGACUCAACCGGCUCUUUCUGAUGCACUCAAGCGUUGGAUUGAGGUCAUAGAUCAGUAUGACUUCAAGCUAGAGUAUCUGAAGGGAGAGUACAAGAAGGUUGCAGAUGCACUGUUCCGUAGAGGAGAUUACCUAGGGGCGCUAGUUUUUGAGUUUGGUGUAUCUGAGGAACUAACUCAAUCGCUGGUGGGAGCCUAUCAGGAAGACUCUGUCACGAUGGACAUCAUGCGCAAGCUUCAGGCAAAAGACAAGGCCACAAAAGAUGAGUUUGUGAUGGUGGACGGGCUUCUCUUUCUUGAUAAGGCCGAAUUUAAAAGGUUAGUUGUUCCAUUUAGUGAACGUUUGCGUAGUUUAUUCUUAGGAGAAUGUCAUGACGCAACCGGUCACUUUGGCUACAAAAAGACGAGUGCCAAUUUAGUACAACGAUUUUGGUGGUCCGGGAUGUCAGAAGAUGCAAAGAAGUAUGUUGAGACCUGUCAUGUCUGUCAGCGGGAUAAGCUGCGAACUCAAGCACCGCUUGGGUUGCUGAAGCCUUUACCUAUCCCCGCUGGUCUGAGACAGAGUGUUUCCAUGGUCUUCAUGGACACCCUGGUGACCAGUAGGAGUGGCAAGAGGCACAUCUUUGUCAUCAUAGAUCGAUUCACCAAGUACGCUAGACUAAUUGCCAUGCCAGAGACCGAAAGGACGGAACACGUCAUCAAGUUGUUUCUGGACAACUGAGUGCUUGAUUUUGGAUUACCAAAGUCAAUCGUUAGUGACAGAGAUGUCCGCUUCACAAGUGAGCUGUGGAAGAAGACUGCUGAACAGAUGGGCAGUCAACUUCAGAUGACUUCAGGGAAUCAUCCCGAAGCCAACGGACAGGCCGAGCAAAUGAACAGAGUUGUACAACACCUGCUAAGGCAUUACAUCAAGCCCAGUCAGGAUGAUUGGGAUGAGAAGUUGCCUCUCAUCGCCAGCCUGUACAACAAUGCUGUACACAACAGUAUCGGCGUUAGUCCUAAUCAACUGCACUUGGGAUGGAAGCUUAGAUCAGCUCUGGACUUCCUCCUACCUGAAAACCGACCUGCUGCAAAUCCAGGCACACUUGAGUAUGGUGUGCAGUAUGAGAAGUUGCUGCAGCAAGCUGUCGAGCACAUCAAGAAAGCUCAGCAAGCAAUGAUUGCUUCUGAGAACAAACAUUGUCGACAAUC